AUGUCGUGCACGUGUUUCGUCGUGAUAACGUUAUUGUUAUGUGCCGAUGCCGUAUUCUCCGAUGCCAUCGCCGAACAAAACGCUGCAAAUUUCGGCACCACGCUGUACACCAAAUCGGAUGUCGAGAAACAUUGGACCGACACCGAACUAAUCGCACUCCAAUGUAGAAUGUUGAUUGGAUGGCUCAUUCCGACGAAAAUACCGGACAACGGUGAAACGUUUCUGGCAUAUUUCGAUUUAAUAAAAAACCACACCACUAAAAUCAAUUCACUGGCCAUCCGGAAACGUACGAUGAUAAUAAUCGUGGACGCAAUCGGUGGAUAUAUGCACACCAAAAUGUUGCCUCAAUUCAAACUCUUCUACUAUGACGGAAAAAUGAAAUAUUCAACAAUGAAACGAUUACACGACCUGUUAAAAGCUAUCAAGUAAAAGUUAAUUCGCUGACAGACGCGUAAUAAUUAGAGCUGGAACUUAAUGACCUAGAAAUCUUUAAAUUUAAAAAAUACUUAAAAAAAAUUAUUAAAUAACUCAACAACAUCAAAAAAUAACAUGAAAAAUUAAUAUUUUAUUGAAAUUAAAAAAAAAGAGCCGAUACAGGGGAUAGGAGCGGCCUCUGUUGGAGGUGAGAAGUUGGGAAGAUAGGUUAUUUCAUUUACAUCUGUAAGCAACGAUAAACCAUUGCUUGACGAAAGACGAUUCCGAGCGCAGUUCGGUAAUACAUAAUUUGAAGUGCCAUCAUUUUUUUUGCAAUUUUCGUUUAAAUUUAAUUUCCAAACACUUAUUAAAAAAAAAAAGUCAUCCGGUAAAAUUCUCUGCGUGUAUUUAUAACAGAAUUAAAGCAAAAAAACUUUCAAAAAUUAAAAUUCUUUAAAAGCUCAAAAGUUUCAGCGAUGAUACCGUUAGAAAAGUCAGCCCACUCAAUUCUGAUUUGACUAUCGUUUUUAAAUCAGCAAUAUACAUAUUACGUUGAAAAAAAAAAAUUUAAAAAUUAGAUAUGUCCCACAUAAUUUUUACUCAAACGAUUUUCGUCAAAAUUUGAUAUUACAAUUAAUUUAUAAAAAAAAAUACUACAUCAAACUGAUUUUUUUUUUUUUUUACCGCUAAGCAAGACUCUUAAUGAACCUCCUCUUAAAUUUUUAAUUAGUAAUCUUAUUACUUUAGGAUUUUAAGAUAAAGAUUACUAAUCAACCAAACCUAACCUUACUACUUGACGUCGUGUCGCACAGGCACGUUUUGGGCACGGACGGCCGAGGUUGGGCGAAACCGACGGCGGGCAUACGGGACCCACCCUAUCCGGAGGCGGAUGACCGAUUGGUUAGGUUUUUCGUACCAACCGAGGAGACGAAAUAUUGCGGUGGCGUGGACGCGGGUCCGUACGUGCCGCCGGCAAACGACAACGGGACCGGCCGCGAAUCGGCACCGCCGUUAUUCGAUGAAAACACACGACCGCAUUCACUGGUGAUACCGUGGCAGCCACUCCGGCCGGUGUUGUACUCGGUCCGGGACGCCAGUUGCCACCGGGCACUUUUCGAUUACUGCGUCCGGUCCGUUUACAGCGGCCGGCACGAUCACGAAGCCGUACGCCGUCACGUCGGUCAGUGGCUGGAUGCCGCGGUAGGGCCACUCGUAACGCCCGAAGCCGCCACCGGUCGUUGGUAUCCGGCCCUGUGGGGCGCGUCCGUGGCCAUCCGACACGUGGCCGGACCACCGGUAGACCACAAUCCGGAACGCCGGACAAACCCGAACGACGACUACUACCUCCGAACCGCUCCGGACUUCUAUUUCUAUGCGGCCGUAGUGUUCGCUCACACGGUCGUAUUCUGGUUGAUCUCGAAGGUGGCCACGUUCAUCUGUCGGCCAACGGUCGAGAAACCGACCGAAAUCGUCUAA